UGUUAGGAGGGGUCGGGGCACGCAGACUCAAACUUUGCUGACUCCAUAAUUAUUUCACGCAAACCAAAUCAAAAGAAAAGGCCACUUCGGGAGGUGGCACCUCGCCCUUUUCCUCUGGUGGAAACGGGGCGAAUAUGACGCACAACUUGGAGGAGAAAUGCAAAAACGACACGACACGUAUGCAAAAGAUGAAACCCGUUUGAAUAAUCCUAAAAGUCAAAGAAACAAAAAAUCCCCGCAUUUUUUAUCUCGCAACACUUGGAAUUCAAAGAAGACUCGUCUCGUUUGAAAGACACGUUCUCAUAAAUUGAUGACGAAACUCAAUUCACAUUUCCUCCCGUGAGACGCCAAAACAGAUUCGGGGCUUUUAGCAGGUGCACAAGCUUGAAAUAGGAGUCCAGUGCGAUUUGGCUUCGAAGAUACGACCAAAUAGAAGAGAACGAGGCCAACUCGCUUGCGCAUGCAGUUUAAUAAGAAGGCGAAUUGCACGCGCGCAACGCCACUUUUCGUGGCAAUAGAAACAAACCCGGAAAGCACGCAAACAUUGAAAUCGCACCAAUUCAUGUUUGCAACAUUAAAAAAAAGAUUCUUACUGGCACGAUGCUUGAAAAUGGUUUGUUUGGGGGGGAGAACGAAAAGAUGAGCGCAUGGCGUCGGGGGUCCCGGUUCAAGUUCAGUGCUCGGUUCUCCUCUUGCGGGGGGGUUAGGAGGUGGGAUGGGGCCUUGGAUAGGAGGGGGGGGGGGGGGGGGGUCGUCUCUUAUUGGUGGCUUGCCACGGUUACAUCACGCCCCGUCGGCCGUGACGCUCGCACGUCUUCCGGCUUCCUUCAGCUGCGUCUUCAAGUUGCUCUUUUUUAGUGGCCGGGGAGGAGCGCGCCGCCUCGCCUCGCCUCGCCUCGCCUCGCCUCAUCCAGUCCGCCCGUCCGCCUGUUCCAGCCAGCCAGCUACACUUGCGGCUGCUCGUGCUCGCCCGCGCGCUCGCUCGCUCGCUCGCUCGCACUUACCGCACAUCUCUCGUGUGGCAAUCUAGGGAAGGCAGCCGAAAAAGCUCGGCGCAUCGCUUUUUGCUUCUUGUUCUUGUUUUCCCCUUUUGCGCCUGUUUUUAUUCCACAAUCCAGGCACAAGCGGCGAUCUUUUCUCUAUUUGGUGGCGGAGCGUGUGAGUGUGUCAUUUUUUCGGUAACCCCCUCCUUCUCUUCCUCCUCCUCGUCGUCAUCAUCAUCAUCAUCAUCUACGGGGGUGGAAGACCCGCCUGCCCAUUUGCCUGCCUGCCGUGGCCGCGCUUUGCCAACGUAAACACGCGCGUGUUUGCGGGACAUGGCCCGAUAGCGGCGGCGGCGACGGCAGCAGCAGCCCGUGAUGCCGGACCAUGACAGCGACUCCCUCCUGAACAGACAGACCAAGCGAAGACGCGUGGACAUCGGGGUGAAGAGGACCGUGGGCAGCAGCAGUAGCAGCAGCAGCAGCAGCAGCAGCAGCAGCAGCGCCGCCGCAGCAGCAGCAGCAGCAGCAGCAGCAGCGACGACCGACAGCAUCGCCCGCGCCAAAGCGGCCAUCUUUAGCGCUAUGAACUCCCUGAGCGCCCACCACGGCUCGGACGGCGAGCCCGUGGAGUGCUCGGUGGUGCAGCCGCACCACGGUGACGGCGAGUCCAAGUCCAACGUGCUGCGCAAGCUGCUGAAGCGGGCCAACUCCUACGAGGACGCCAUGAUGCCCUUCCCCGGCAGCACCAUCAUCUCCCAGCUGCUCAAGAGCAACUUGGCCAAAAGCGCCGGCGGCGGCAUCGGGCCCGACAGAGGCGAGCACGGCUUCCCCGGCUCCGGGCUCUCCAACGCCAGCUCCGACGCGCCCCAGGAGGACGCCUGCAGCAACUCCUCGCAAGAGAGCACCCCCCAGGAGUGCUUGUCGCCCUUCGGCCGGCCCCCCGCUCCGGGCGACCUGGAGCGCCUCAACGACGAGCACCUGCGCGCCAAGCGGGCCCGCGUGGAGAACAUCAUCCGCGGCAUGAGCCACUCCCCCAGCGUCCUGGGCCCGCCCUCGUCCCGCCACGAGAUGGACGGCGAGCGGGAGCUGGAUCCCGAGCGCCCGGCGCCUCGCUCCCGGCGGCCGGGCCCCGGAAGCCCGCGAGCGGGCGAGCUGUGCGGCGGCGGCGGCAGCCGGGAGAACAAGCGCAAGCAGCGUCUGCCUCAGCAGCAGCACAGCUUCCCCCAGCUGGCGUGUCAGAGGAAAGAGCACAAGCAGGAGGAGCGGCGCCAGCUCAAGCUCCAGCUGGAGGACAUGCAGAAGCAGCUCCGACAGCUCCAGGAAAAAUUCUUCCAGAUCUACGACUCCACCGACGACUCGGAGCACAACGAGCCGCACGACGACACGGGCGACCUGUCCGAGGACAGCCCGGCCAGGUCCGACAACGAGCCGGGCGCCGACGAGCCGGCCGCCGACGAGCCGGGCGCCGACGACUUGCGCUCCGACAACGAGAUGUCCGACCUGGAUCCGGGCCACUUCCUGGAUCGGGCUCGGGCCCUGCUCCGAGACCCGUCUCUGCUGGGCGACGGAGACAAAGCGGGCCGAGACGGACCGGGCCGCGGCAAAGGCCAGGCGGGCCCGGGCGCCUCGCUGCACUCGGAAGGAAAGCAGCUGGCGGAAGCGCUCAAGCAGGAACUCAACUCGGCCAUGACGCAGGUGGUGGACACGGUGGUCAAAGUGUUCGCCAAGCCCCCGCGGCCCCCGCAGGCCCCCCAGCAGCAGGCCUUCCCCCCGCUGCCCUUAGCCCCCGAAAGGCUCUCGGCGGCGCUCAACGGGGACAACCCCAACUUCCACGGCGCCAACCAGCGGCUGCAGUGCUUCGCCGACGUCAUCAUUCCCAAUCCGCUGGAUCCCUUUGGCAUCCCGGGGAUGCCGGCGGCGGCCAACGACCAAACGGAGGCCCUGCCGCUGGUGGUGAGGAAGACGCCCGGCGAUCACCACCACCACCACCAUCACCACCACCACCAGCAGCAGCAGCAGCAGCAGCAGCACCAGUCCUCGGCCGUGGGCGCCCACGGCGGUCACCACCACCCGUCCCUCCACCCCUCGUCGCUGUCGGCCAGCAUGGGCUUCAGCCCGCCCUCCUUCAGGCACCCCUUCCCCCUGCCCCUGAUGGGCUACCCCUUCCAGAGCCCGCUGGGCCCACCUUCGGGCGGCUACCCCGGCAAGGAGCGCUCCUCGCCGGACUCGGUGGACCUGUCCCGGGAGAGCGCCGGGCUGAGGACCAAGAUGGCGUCGGCUCACCACCUGGGGCACCACCAUCGCUCGUGUUCGCCGGCGCACCCCGCCGCCACGGCCGAGGGGCUGUCCUUGUCGCUCAUCAAAUCCGAGUGCGGCGACCUGCAGGACAUGUCGGACAUCUCGCCUUACUCCGGCAGCAACAUACAGGAGGGCCUCUCGCCCAAUCACCUGAAGAAGGCCAAGCUCAUGUUCUUCUACACCCGCUACCCGAGUUCCAACAUGCUCAAGAUGUUCUUCUCUGAUGUCAAGUUCAACCGCUGCAUCACCUCGCAGCUCAUCAAGUGGUUCAGCAACUUCCGCGAGUUCUACUACAUCCAGAUGGAGAAGUUUGCCCGACAGGCCAUCAACGACGGCGCCGCCGGCGUGGAGGACCUGAGCGUCAGCCGCGACUGCGAGCUCUUCCGGGCCCUCAACAUGCACUACAACAAGGCCAACGACUUUGAGGUGCCGGAUCGCUUCCUGGAGGUGGCGGAGAUCACGCUGCGGGAGUUUUUCAACGCCAUCGUGGCGGGCAAAGACGUGGACCCGUCGUGGAAGAAGGCCAUCUACAAGGUGAUCUGCAAGCUGGACAGCGAGGUGCCCGACAUCUUCAAGUCGCCCAACUGCCUCCAGGAGCUCCUGCACGAGUAAACCCAUUCCAACUUGCCUUCAGCACUUGCGUUCGCUCACUCGCUCCCUCCCUCCCUCCGCUGCUCACCUUCCUUUUGCCAACGUUGUCCGGUAGCAUUCCUCGCCGUCCUCGGCGUCCGGUCCGUUCCGUUCCGUUCCCCGGCGACCCGGCUUUGCUUUUGUGGUUGCUUUGUUGUUUUUUCUUGAUGAACUGAAGAUUGGAAUCCGGAAUUUUUCUAGGCUGGGUCGCGUCUCCAUUCCCAUCCGAUGAAGUGUCCCCGCAAAAGUAGCGAGGACCUUCUGUUGCGAGUCUGCCUGACUGCCGUGAUUCUUUCUGUUGUGUAUGAUGAUGAAUUGAAUAUUGGUCACCGCUGCAUGCUGACGUUUGGCACUUGUCCCCUCCAAAAAAAACAAAAAAACAAAAGUGAAUAAAUGAUUCCAAUGAGGAGUCUUGAAAGGGAGCUUAGAUGCUGGGCUGACUAUUCUGCUUCUUGCAUCACUUGAAAUGUUUUGUUUGAAAUUUGGAGAUUUGAACGCGUUGAUUUAUUUUUGAUGUUUGAAUUUGUCCAGUUUCCGGCGAAGCUUUCACCCGUCGCCAACGUUAGCCUUUUGCUAACACGGCUCUUUUUGAAACGCGUUCAUUAGGCCUCCGCCAACGAUGUUGUUGCGGUCUUUGAUUUUCUCGGAGGGUCCGGCUCACGUUAUUGCGUCCGCGUUACAGAUUCAUGGAUGCUUUUGACAAUAGAUGAAAAGGGGGCAGGUUGCUCAAGCAAACAAAAGCGGGCAGGGCAGGGCAGGGCAGCUCCGAGCUUCAUGACGGCAGGCCGGCCUUCUCGCCGCCGCACAUCUUUGCCGCCGAGCGUCUCAAAGUGCCACAAAGAAAAGGAAAGCGGACUCUUGCGCCCUCCCGGAGCCUCCUUGGAGCCACUCAAAAGACUUUUUUUUUUUUUUUGUACAAUAUGAAUCCAUAUGGACAUCUAAAAAAGUGCGGUGGCAAUUGUUUGAGUUGUUUUUAGCGAUGACUUUGUUUCCUUCUGUGUUGUCGUUUGUAGUUUAGAGCAAUUGGUUGCCAUUUUGCUUUCUUUCGUUCUUUCUUUCUUUCUUUCUUUCUUUCUCCCUUUUGCUUGUUUGCUUUGGAAAAAGAAACUUGGAGUCCAUUUUCAGAGGAUGAAAAUGUGCUUGUUGCUGCUGUAAAUACUGUCGGGCGGCGGGAAAAUGGAGUCCCGCUUUCCCCCAAUAUAAAAAUUGCGUGGACACACACCUUGCGCACAAGAGCUGAGAGCGUUUUUUGAUUUGAGUGCUUUGCAUUUUGCGUGUGCGUGCGCAAGAGAAAAGGCCGAUUAUGAGAACCUGUGAACCAGUGAGUGACACAAUUCUCAACGCGGCCCGGAAGCCCCACCCCCCCCGGGAGAGCCACCCUGACAUGUAAAUGACUCUCAUUAAGCUACGGCGGCGGCGGCGGCGGCGUGCGUGCGUGCGUGCUCGCUGGCUUGCACAUGCGCACCAUCAUUUCCUCGGAUCCAUUGGCUGAGCUGUUUGAAAGGAUUUUCUUCUUUUUGUUUGCCGAUGCUUUGACUAGUUCUGAUUAUUCUUGUCAUCCUUCCUUUCCUUUCCUUUCCUUUUCUUUCCUUUCUUUUGUAAAUAUCCAUGACGCUGACUGAUUAAGUGAGCAAAAGUGCUUUUGUAUAACUUAGCAAUAUGUUCUGUGUUUUGUUGAUGCUUGUUUUUCUAUGACGUCAUCGUGGUGAUGAUGAUGAUGAUGAACUAGUGCAGUAAUUCCAAUUGGAGCGGUGGUGUUGAUUUUUCUUUCCUUCCUUCCUUCCUUCCUUAUUUUUAUUUUUCCUCCCGUCAGCUCCGACUCAUAUUCCAUCACGGCUGCUUUUUCUCGCCUUCUUUCCUGUCGUCGGUGUGGAUGAUGUCCUGCAGAUUGUGUGUAAUUUAUUGGUUUAAUUUAUCCUAAUUUAUUCAAUGUUGGGUUCUUUUUCAACCGGGGGAAGGCCGCACUGCAUUUCUCAAAGUAGAUCCAAGCGUUUGUUUCGAAUGAAUUCUACCUGAAAGUCCAUUUUUAAAAAAGGAAGAAGUGAUGAUAUAAAGACAGGAAGGGUCUUGGCAGCUAAGUGGACAUUUGCAAAUUGUUUUUGUUUGUUCCCCGACAAGGCUGAGGGUAGGCUAGAAAGCCGAAACGGGUUUGAACCUGUUUUUUGGUUUCUCCUGAGACCCCGUUUGUCCGCCCGCCCGCCCGCCCCUCCCUCCCUGAAGCCCGCCCCAAACACAACCAGUAGUCAGUCAAAUUGCCUUUGGUGCCUUCGCCCUCCUUGAACUGAAUGUAUGUGCAGUAUAUAUGCAAGCUUGUGAAAAACCAAUUAAAAAAAUGGAAAUAAAAAGGAAAAACGCA